AUGAAAGCCAACACGCUGCUCUCCCGCAACUCGCGAGCAAUCACCCUCACAUUCGCCCAUCGUCCACCUCCCUCCUCAACAAGUCUAUACACCCGACCACUCGUACCGACAUCGAUACUCAGAACUUCUCGAUGUUCCCCGCAGACCUUUUUCUCAUCACAAAAUGCCUCGUUCUCGACCUCUCCUCGCACCUUUAAAGGCCUGCAGCCAGACAGCGCCGAGCCCGCACCACCCAACACAGAACCCAUGAGCGGUAGCGGCAAUGCCGCACAGAUCUCGGAUGCCAAGUACCACGAGCUGGCAGAUGAAUAUCUUAACACAAUGUUGCUGGCGCUGGAAGAGCUGAGCGAGACGAGCAAUGACGGGAUCGAGGUAGAAUAUGCCGCCGGCGUUCUCACAAUCACACAUCCAAAGUCCGGCACCUACGUAAUAAACAAGCAACCACCAAACAAACAAAUCUGGCUCUCCAGCCCUGUGUCCGGCCCAAAACGGUACGAUUGGGUCGUCUCUGGCGCAGGUCAGCACGAAAAAGAAGGCUCCGCCGUAGGCAGCGGUGAUGACGGUGCUGGUGGCAGAUGGAUCUAUCUCCGCGACGGGAGUGGGUUGAGCGAGCUGUUGAAAAAGGAGAUUGGUUUAGAGCUUCCUAACGGAUCAGAAGUGUAA